UUUCGCAACGAACCGGCGUGUGACUUUCACGGACUGACGUACCGUCGUUCAGUUGUGUGACCGAAGUACAAUAAUUUAAUCAAAAUGCGGGUUUUAAAAGCAGGACUGAUUUUGAGUCAAAGACACGCAAAGAACCGCGCAAAUGUAACUUUGAAACAGGUCCUGGUGAACAGCUGUCGCGCCUGUUCUUCUGGCUUCGUCCCGAACGAGAGGAUACGGAACAUCGGGAUCUCCGCGCACAUCGACUCGGGGAAGACCACCCUGACCGAGCGCGUGCUCUACUACACGGGCAGGAUAGUGGAGAUGCACGAGGUGAAAGGGAAGGACGGAGUUGGAGCCAUCAUGGACUCCAUGGAGCUGGAGAGGCAGAGGGGGAUCACCAUACAGUCAGCAGCCACAUACACCAUGUGGAAAGAGCACAACAUCAACAUCAUCGACACACCAGGUCACGUGGAUUUCACCAUCGAGGUGGAGCGUGCUCUGAGGGUUCUGGACGGAGCGGUUCUGGUUCUGUGUGCUGUGGGCGGGGUCCAGUGCCAGACCAUGACCGUCAACCGGCAGAUGAAGCGCUACGGCGUUCCGUUCCUCACCUUCAUCAACAAGCUGGACCGCCUCGGAGCCAACCCCGCCCGCGCACUGCAGCAGCUGAGGUCCAAGCUGAACCACAACGCGGCGCUGCUGCAGAUCCCCAUGGGCCUGGAGGGGGGGCUGCAGGGGCUCAUUGACCUGGUGCAGGAGCGCAGUCUGUACUUCGAAGGGCCCUUCGGACAGAACAUGCGGUACGAUGAGAUUCCAGCAGAAUUCCGGGUGGAGGCGUCGGAGCGGCGGCAGGAGCUGGUGGAGUGUGUGUCCAACGCUGACGAGCUCCUGGGGGAGAUGUUCCUGGAGGAGAGGAUACCCAGCACCGGGGAGCUCAAGGCAGCCAUCCGCAGGGCCACGAUUCAGCGAGCCUUCAGCCCAGUGCUGCUGGGCAGCGCCCUGAAGAACAAGGGGGUCCAGCCCCUCCUGGACGCGGUGCUGGAGUACCUGCCCAACCCAACCGAGGUCAACAACUACGCCACCCUCAAUGAAGAGGAGUCCACAGAGUCCAAUAAGAUCAGGAUGGAUCCGACGCGAGAUGCAUCACAUCCGUUUGUGGGCCUGGCGUUCAAACUGGAGGCGGGACGUUUUGGUCAGCUGACCUACGUGCGCGUGUACCAGGGCUGCUUGAGGAAGAGUGAGUACAUCUACAACACCCGCACGGGGAAACGGGUUCGAGUGCAGAGGCUGGUGCGUCUCCAUGCCGACCAGCUGGAGGAUGUGGAUGUGGUGUAUGCUGGAGAUAUCUGCGCCCUGUUUGGGAUCGACUGUGCCAGCGGAGACACCUUCACCUCCCGAAACAGCACCAACCUCUCCAUGGAGUCCAUCCAUGUGCCAGACUCGGUGAUCUCCAUGUCUAUGAAGCCGUCCAACAAGAAUGAUCUGGAUAAGUUCUCUAAGGGGAUAAACCGCUUCACCAGGGAAGACCCCACCUUCAGAGUUAACUUCGACACAGAGAGUAAAGAGACGAUCAUCUCCGGCAUGGGAGAGCUGCACCUGGAGAUUUACUCUCAGAGAAUGGAGCGGGAGUAUAACUGCCCCUGUGUCAUGGGGAAGCCCAAGGUGUCCUUCAGAGAGACGGUGACCGAAUCUGUGCCGUUUGAUUACACCCAUAAGAAGCAGUCGGGCGGAUCGGGGCAGUACGGGAAGGUUAUCGGGGUGCUGGAGCCCCUGGAUUCUGAGAGCAACACCAAGGUGGAGUUUACGGACCAGACCGUCGGCACCAACAUCCCCAAGCAGUUCAUCCCCGCCAUCGAGAAGGGAUUUCGGGAGGCCUGUGAGAAGGGGCCCCUCACGGGCCACAAGAUUUCGGGGGUGCGCUUUGUGGUGGAGGAUGGGGCGCAUCACUUGGUGGACUCCAACGAGAUCUCCUUCAUCCGGGCCGGAGAGGGUGCUCUGAAACAGGCCCUGGAGAAGGCAGAUGUGGUGGUGCUGGAGCCCAUCAUGUCCGUGGAGGUUGUGGCCCCUCAUGAGUUCCAGGGGGCCAUCAUCGCCGGGAUCAACCGUCGCCAUGGCGUCAUCACUGGCCAGGACGGAGCGGAGGGGGAGGGGGAGGGGGAGGGGCACUUCACCCUGUACGCCGAGGUUCCUCUGAAUGACAUGUUUGGAUACUCCUCAGAACUGCGCUCUUCUACUGAGGGUAAGGGGGAGUACACGAUGGAGUACAGUAGGUACCAGGCCUGCCAGCCCGGCACACAGGAGCAGCUCAUCACCCAGCACCUGGAGGCCAGCGGCCAGCUCCCUGCCAGGAAGGGCAAAGCCAAGAACUAACGCUGAUACUCACACACACACACACACACACACACACACACACACACUCGCACGCACGCACACACACACACACACACACACACGCACACACACACUCACAGGGCAAAGCCAAGAACUAACGCUGAUACUCACACACACUCACACACACACACACACACACCACAAACACACACACACACACUCACACACCACACACACACCACAAACACACUCACAGGGCAAAGCCAAGAACUAACACUGAUACAGAACAUACACACACACACACACUCUCACACACCCACACACACACACUCACACACACACACACACACUCACACACACACACACACACACACACACACACACACACUCACACACACACACACACACACUCACACACACACACACACACACUCACGCACGCACGCACGCACGCACGCACACACACACACACACACACACACACACACACACACACACACACACACACUUCAUUACCCCAGCAGAGACUUGCAUUGUGUCGAAAUGAAAAGCUGUCUUUAAACAGGAUCGUUCCCCACUGUGUUCCGCAGUCAGCUGUGUUAUUUAUGAAGGCUUUUCCUAUUUCACCGUUCCCAUAUUCCCAUCUAUCCUCCUCCGGCCGUGGGAGCUGGAAUGAGCCCUCCGGAAUGACUGCUCCCGGACGGGGAGGUUACAGACGGCACAUUCUCCCCGGUCCCCGGUCUGGUCCGGGGGAUGUACGGUUAUUGGUUCAUGUACUGUGUACAGCAAUAUGAUGAUGAUGUAAUAAAUAAAUAAAUCAUGUA